CCAAAACGAUGUCAGUCUCUCAAAAUUUCAAAACUCAAAUCCUCCUCGCCUCUUCCGUCUCGCAGACCCCGCGAGAACGACACAGACGGUAAAUCGCCUCCGUCAUCGUCCUCAUCUCGCCUCCGUCGUCUACCCUCCUCCUCUCUCCUCCUCUCUGGAAUCGAUCCAUCUUUUCGAAGAGGAUAAACAGAUCUGAAAUGGUGUUUAGGGCUCUCCCUUCGGAAAUUUGAAUUGUGAGAGAGAAAAGAUGAACGACGCUUGGAACUCCGAUCCAGUAGAUCCGCUGCAGGGUUUCACAGGCCUCGCUCUCUUCCACCAGAGCUGCAAGGCUAUUCCAGACAGUUCAACUUCCAUUCCAUUUGAUUUCGACCGCGACCUCCAAGCCAUCCAUUCCCAAUUCAACUCCACGGCCUCACAAGUUAAACUUGUAGAUCAGGUAAAAAACAUUUUAAGUGAUACUUCAAAAUCUCUGAAGUCUGGUAAUCCACAAGCAACAAAACAGAAAAGUGAAGGUUUUCCUGAAAAGGCUAGUCAACCUAACAUGAGUUUGCUACAGUCUUUUGAUAUCAAUGGGCUUGAGAAUGCUAGAAAAGCAAAAGAGAAUUUUAGGGGUGGUGCUGCGUUGGAUGCAGAUCAGCAAGCUUUCCAUAUCCGACUCAAGUUGAUGGCCUCACAACAUAGUCCAAGUAAACUUAAAGAUGAAGGGGAAAACAUUGUAAGUGGUACAUCAGAAAUUCUGGAGCCUGGUAAUCGACAAGCAUUGAAACAGAAAAGUAAAGUUGUUACUGAAAAGGGUGCGGAAAGUCCCCGACAGAGAAGACCAGCCUUGGGUCUUAAACGUGCUCGGUUUUCUAUGAAGCCUGAUUCCAGUCAACCUGAUACGAGUUUGCUACCACCUUUUGAUGCCCAAAAAUAUACAGACCCAGAGGAAUUGUUCAAGGAACUUGAAAAAUAUGAGAAUGCUAAAAAGGAAUUGGAGAAACUGAAGGGUGGUGCUAUGUUGGAUGCAUACAAGCACAAUCCAUCCCCAAUUAAACGAACCCGUCGACCAUCGAUUCUAAGAAAGCGGGCUAAGCACAAGCAUUCCUAUCCGCUGAUGGAUUUCGAAAGUAGUGAGAAUGGUAGUCCACUGAAUCAUAGCACACGAAUAGAACCUAACAAAAAUGUUGCACAGGAGGAGAUGGAGUUAGCUGGUUCAUUAGCUGAGGAAGUGAACGAUAGAAAUUUUGAUGAACUGCUGUCUCUAAAUACUGAAUGUCUAGAAGGUGAUGGGGCGGUUACUCAUGUACAGAAGUGUUUGAGGAUGCAAUCAAUUGAACCAGAGAAAUCUGACCUCCCAGAAUUCCAAAGUAUCCCUAAGGGUGACUGUUUGACAGACAUAGAUAAUUUGUUAAAAGGGUUAAUCAGUUCAACAGGUGUGAAGCAUAGAAAGCGGCCAGAAGGCUCUAUUCGUUUUGCAUCUCCAACACCACCAAAAAGCCCCUUUGCUUCAAUUCUGGAUUUGCAUAAGAGAAUUUUACAUUCAAGUCCAUCAAGCGAUCCAUUUUCAGCUCUUGAUAUUGAUCGGUUGCCAGAGACAAAUCCUUCAUCAGUUGAGAACUGCAACAAGCAAUCUGAGCUGGUUGACAUGAGAGAGCAGAUUACCGUUUCUAAUACGUUGAAGUCACCUUUCAUUGAACCAAAUGACAAUAUUGAAGUUGCUGUGAUAGGUGGUACAUCUGAUGUGGAUAUUGAAGAAUUGAGUUAUGCAUUGAAAAGAUCUGUGAGUGAAGAUUCAAGUAAACAUGAUGUGAGAAUUGAUGUUGGCUCAAGUGGAUCUCAUGUUGACCUUGAGGAAAACAUUGGAGGGAGUAACAUGCAUAACAGGGUUAUAAAUGACACAUCACAUAGCCCUGGUACCGAUACGGAUGCUUGGGACAAUGGGGACAAUGGAGAUAAUGAUGGGGAUGAGAUACAGGUUGAAAAUGAACAUGAGGAAGCAGUGGCUAGUGCGGAGCCUGAACUUAAUGUGGCAGAUUCAACUUUGGGAAAGGCGGGCAGCACUCUGAAUGACAAUGUGCACCCUGAUGCUGAUACAGAUAAUAGGGACAAUGUGACUAAUGAUGGGGACCAGAUCCAGGUGGAAGACAAACAUGAGGAAACAUUGGCUAGCGAGGAGCCUGAACUUAACGUGGCAGACUCAACUUUGGAGAGUACGAGCAGCGCUCUGAAUGAAAAUAUACAGAUCAAAGCAAACUCACGCCCACAGAUAAAACGGAAGAGUAGAGAAGUCUCUAGAAGGAAAAGUCUAGCAGGGGCUGGUACAACGUGGCAAUCUGGUGUAAGGCGAAGCACGAGGAUCAAGACAAGACCUUUGGAGUAUUGGAAAGGGGAGCGGCUGUUAUAUGGACGUAUACACGACAGUUUGGUAACAGUAAUUGGGAUUAAGUACGCCUCUCCAGAAAAGGAUAAUGGAAGAGGUCCUCUGAAGGUGAAGUCAUUCGUCUCUGAUGAAUACAAAGAGCUUGUCGAGCUGGCAGCUUUGCAUUGACAUGGCUGAUCACUUAAGAAUACAAGAUUUGAGAUAUGUAUUGGCGAUUCUUAUUCGUUCCUUCCCUGCAAACAUUUUUUCGUUUAAGGAAAGUAUUUGUCGAAGCGGAUGCCCUGUCUUAUGAGUAAACUGGAACCACUGCUGCCUUUGUACAACCUUACUCUCCAUGAUGAUCAACCUAUGAAGAGUGAUACUCGUCACCCUUUUUAUCUUCAAA